GCAACUGAUAUUUAUUUGGGGGCAGAAACUAUAUAAAGUCUUUAUAUAAGCUGUUUCGUUUAAUCCUCUCAACAGUCUCAUGGCUAGGUGUUAUUAUCCCCACUUUACAAUGAAAAAGAAUGGUGGCAAAAUAAUUUUAAUUUUUUAAAUAUUUCACAGGUAAUAAGAGAUGAAGCUGGAAUCUGAAAACCAGAAAGUCUAACUUCUGAGACCAUGUUCUUAGUAUUGUAUAUGCUUACAUAGAGAGCCUUGCUGUUUCCCUACAGAAUUUAGCUGUUUCCUUUCCUUUAUUGUUUCAUCCCCAGAAAACUAUCUUAGUAACCUCUUUAAAAGUAAAGUAGAUGGCUGUUAACUUAAAAUACGAUAUAUGACACCACGUAAUCUUUUUUUUUCUUUUUGAGAUGGAGUUUUACUCUUGUUGCCCAGGCUGGAGUGCAAUGGCGUGAUCUCGGCUUACUGCAACCUCCACCUCCCAAGUUCAAGCAAUUCUCCUGCCUCAGCCUCCCAAGUAGCUGGUAUUACAGGCGUCCACCACCACACCCAGCUAAUUUUUUUGUACUUUUAGUAGAGAUGGGGUUUCAACAUGUUGGCCAGGCUGGUCUCGAACUCCUGACCUCAGGUGAUCCACGCACCUCAGCUUCCCGAAGUGCUGAGAUUACAGGCAUGAGCCACUGUGCCUGGCUGACACCAUGCAAUCUUAAAAGCUGAAUGACUAUUUUUGAAAUCCUAUGGAUAAUCUGGCAAAAAUAAUUGAGCUUAUCCUUUCGUAUAGUGGAUUGAUUAGAAAUGAAGUUCUACUCGAGACCCAUUAAUGUAGGACCAUCAAGUUAAACUUUUUUUCUUUUCCACUCUGAAAAAAUACAACAGAUAAUGUUUGCUUCUAAAUAAAAUUGCAGAACCACUAGCAAUUCAUUCUCAGUUGGAUCUCCAGAGCUGACCAUACAAACUUCUACUUGUUUCUCCCAUUCCUCUUAGUUGUCAAUCCUUUCCCAUUACUUUCCCAUUUCUCUCAGUUGCAAAUCCAAACCAUUUUCACAUUUCAAGACUUAAUUCCUAUUCCCCCAUCUUUCAAACUUGUCUCCUAUGUUACUGUGGAAACUGAGGCCAUCAGGCUUGAAUUCUAUGAACUCCCUCCUGCCAGAUCUACAAAUUUAUCCCCAUGUUCACCCAUCCUUCUAACAUUCUCUUAGAAGAUAAGGUCUCAUCUCCUUCUGGCCCAAAUCAAAUUCUCUACCUGUGUUUUUGGUUCUGUCCUCUCCCAUCUCUGCAAGGACCUUGAACCAUUAAUUUUCCUUUCUGCCUCUUGUAUUGUGUUAGAUUUGCCAAAUAUAUUGCUCCCAUACCCACAAUUUCUUAUGAGGGGAGGUGAUGGUCCCAUGAUCUCUGCAAAGGAAUAGCCAUGUUUCGCACUAUGCAAACUUCUCUGUACUACCUGAUUGGACCAAGUGGGCACCUAUGUCAAAGGGCAUCCAAUUUACAGAGUGCCCAGAUAAUUCAGACAUGGUCUGGCAUGAAAUGAGGAGCACGGCCUGUGACUUUUUAAAUUUUUUCAAAGGCUGCUUAGUGCUCUAAGAACAAGAUAUCCAUUUUAAGUGAAAUGAGUGGAUUUUUAUUAUUAGAAAAGUUAUGAAAUGAUCUUUGAUGCAUGUGUUGCCUGUGAAAGUCAUUCACUUUAAUGUUCAGUGGGAGUAAGUGUAAUCCAUGUAAUUGCUAGAAAGCUAGGCAUCUUAGCACAGGAAUAAUCACACUGAACAUUAGUAAUGAUAAAAAUAUCAUUUAUAGCGGCCUAUCAUAUGGAUUUUAAAUACAUCAUCUCUGUCAUGAUAAUCCCAUGAUAUAGGUUCUAAUAUUACCAAUUUUCAGAUAAAAAAAAAAAACUAAGGCCCAGAGAACUUGGGUCACUCAAUUAAUAAGCGGCAGCGCUAAUUAGAGUCUGGGUCCAAAGCUUAAGCACUCUUCGUCUUCUUUAUAUUUGGCUUUUUCCUAGCCAAAAACAUGGAGGCAUUGCUUACUUUUACUUUAUCAUUGUUAUCUUGGCAUAACAUCAAAAUAAUUAGGAGCUGAUAUACCUAAGUGUAUAAAACAGGAUAAAAUUAAUUGAUGAGGAAUUAGAUAAGGAAAAUAAAAUCAAACUAGGGGCAAAUUUCAUGUAUAAAAAUGUGUACUGUGCCAUACAUUUUGUAAGUGGAGUCUCUAAAGAUUGCUUCAUAAGGAAGAAGUGAAUAAUGACUUUGGGAACACUUGGUAACCCCUAGGACUCAAAAGAUUGGGUGUGAGAAGUUAUUAAUAAGCAUAUGUAUUAGGCAAAAUACAGUGAGAUGAACCUGGAACAAAUGCUCGCUGAAUGCACUUAGAAAUAUUAUCAGGCGACUCAGCCUAUAGAGCAUACGGGUUAGAAUGUCUAUUUUAAGAAGGAGCGGAUAUUUACUAAAUGCUAAUUUGAGCAAAGUUCUACAGAAAUAUCACUGACCAUGAAUAUUCAGGCAUUGACAGGCUACAAAAUAGCAUAUCGAAAAGAACAUCUGUUGCCCUAAGGAUGGUUUCCUGCACAGAACGUCUCCAAAUUUUCAGCAUUCAUAGGCUGGCCCCGUUUCUUCUUGGUUAACAUUUAGAGGCACGCCUAAACUUAGAGGUACACCUCUCUAAACCAAGGAGACACUUAAAGAGAAAAGGAGUAAAGAUGGUGAUGGGCUUACAAAGAGCAAUGUAAUAGUGUCUUUGAAGCAAAAGCUAACUUAACGAAAACGUGGUCCCAAUUUCCUUAAAUCUGGAUCACCGUACGACUUCUGUAAUACUUAUUAUUUCCCCAGCUGGCAAAUAAACUGGAGUUCAAGUGGGAAAAAACAAGGUAUUGUUCAGAUUUAUGAUUUUUGGGGUCAAAGAUUCUGAGCAAUAACCUAUUUAAAAACCCAGCUUUUGAUUUGAGUAUGUAAGUACAUGGGAGGAACGUAUGGAUCUGGAGUGGUGGUAAAUACAGAGCAUGUUUGCUUCGCAAAGCAGAUUAGCUCAUACUUAAUAAUAGAGUAAAUCUGUUGGGCCAUGACUCAAUGCACCCAAAUUCUCUAGAUUGCUAUGUCUCUACUCGCUAAGCCUUCGGGAACAACAAGCACAGAACUUUCAGGGUGCUGUCUCACUGAUGUCCGCGUUAGCUCUGGUAGACCAGGUCAAGAUUAUACCAAAGAUUCAGGACUUAAAUUCCUGCAGAAUGUAAGCCCCUUUCCAAGUUCUCUGCUUUACUGUAUCCUGUUUAUUUUCAAACUCAAAUGGAAAAAAACGAAACAAAAACCUUGGGCUUCAAGAGGCAUCCUGCCGCAAGGCCCAGCGAUGUGAAUUUUCAACAAUCGUCUCAGGCAGAUUUCAUGCUGAUGGUUCAGGCACUAAACUUUGAAAAACACAGUAUCACUGAACGUUCAGGCACUAAACUUUGAAAAACACAGUAUCACUGAGUAGGGAUGGUGAUGUAAGAGUCAUCUGUAAAAGCUGUGCUGUUUUGGCAGCCUGGGAGGCUAAGGUUUAGUCUGGGCGACUAAGGUUUAGUCCGGGCUGUAUUCACACCCAAAACAACUAAAAAAGCGGAGGAGUCUUUGAGUCAAUCCCUGAAGCUCCGGCUAAGAGGAAACUCGCCCACGCUCCAGGGCAGCGACGCCGGCUCCACCUCAGCCACGGCUGUCUCAAGCUUCUCGGGGUUUUCCGCCGGCUCCACCCGAGCCACAAGUCUACAGGACUCCUCGGAGCUUUCCGCCGGGACGCAAGACCCACCGCCAGGGGUUGGUACCUCCUAGAGAACAGCGAAGCGCAUCCCGAGGGCCGCCGGCCGGAAGCGCCCUCCAGACCCGCCCCCUGCCCUCCGGAGCCGGAAGCUGGGCAUCUGCAGCCGGCUCGGCGCACUCCACUGACCGUCCCGACGAUGCGCCGUGCGCCCGGCUGCCUCCUCCGGACCUCCGUAGCGCCUGCCGCGGCCCUGGCUGCGGCGCUGCUCUCGUCGCUUGCGCGCUGCUCUGUUCUAGAGCCGAGGGACCCGGUGGCCUCGUCGCUCAGCCCCUAUUUCGGCACCAAGACUCGCUACGAGGAUGUCAACCCCGUGCUAUUGUCGGGUCCCGAGGCUCCGUGGCGGGACCCUGAGCUGCUGGAGGGGACCUGCACCCCGGUGCAGCUGGUCGCCCUCAUUCGCCACGGCACCCGCUACCCCACGGCCAAACAGAUCCGCAAGCUGAGGCAGCUGCACGGGUUGCUGCAGGCCCGCGGGUCCAGGGAUGGCGGGGCUAGUAGUACCGGCAGCCGCGACCUGGGUGCAGCGCUGGCCGACUGGCCUUUGUGGUACGCGGACUGGAUGGACGGGCAGCUAGUAGAGAAGGGACGGCAGGAUAUGCGACAGCUGGCGCUGCGUCUGGCCUCGCUCUUCCCGGCCCUUUUCAGCCGUGAGAACUACGGCCGCCUGCGGCUCAUCACCAGUUCCAAGCACCGCUGCAUGGAUAGCAGCGCCGCCUUCCUGCAGGGGCUGUGGCAGCACUACCACCCUGGCUUGCCGCCGCCCGACGUCGCAGAUAUGGAGUUUGGACCUCCAACAGUUAAUGAUAAACUAAUGAGAUUUUUUGAUCACUGUAAGAAGUUUUUAACUGAAGUAGAAAAAAAUACUACAGCUCUUUAUCAUGUGGAAGCCUUCAAAACUGGACCAGAAAUGCAGAACAUUUUAAAAAAAGUUGCAGCUACUUUGCAAGUGCCAGUAAAUGAUUUAAAUGCAGAUUUAAUUCAAGUAGCCUUUUUCACCUGUUCAUUUGACCUGGCAAUUAAAGGUGUUAAAUCUCCUUGGUGUGAUGUUUUUGACAUAGAUGAUGCAAAGGUAUUAGAAUAUUUAAAUGAUCUGAAACAAUAUUGGAAAAGAGGAUAUGGGUAUACUAUUAACAGUCGAUCCAGCUGCACCUUGUUUCAGGAUAUCUUUCAGCACUUGGACAAAGCAGUUGAACAGAAACAAAGGUCUCAGCCAGUUUCUUCUCCAGUCAUCCUCCAGUUUGGUCAUGCAGAGACUCUUCUUCCACUGCUUUCUCUCAUGGGCUACUUCAAAGACAAGGAACCCCUAACAGCGUACAAUUACAAAAAACAAAUGCAUCGGAAGUUCCGAAGUGGUCUCAUUGUACCUUAUGCCUCGAACCUGAUAUUUGUGCUUUACCACUGUGAAAAUGCUAAGACUCCUAAAGAACAAUUCCGAGUGCAGAUGUUAUUAAAUGAAAAGGUGUUACCUUUGGCUUACUCACAAGAAACUGUUUCGUUUUAUGAAGAUCUGAAGAACCACUACAAGGACAUCCUUCAGAGUUGUCAAACCAGUGAAGAAUGUGAAUUAGCAAGGGCUAACAGUACAUCUGAUGAACUAUGAGUAACUGAAGAACAUUUUUAAUUCUUUAGGAAUCUGCAAGGAGUGAUUACAUGCUUGUAAUAGGUAGGCAAUUCCUUGAUUACAGGAAGCUUUUAUAUUACUUGAGUAUUUCUGUCUUUUCACAGAAAAACAUUGGGUUUCUCUCUGGGUUUGGACAUGAAAUGUAAGAAAAGAUUUUUCACUGGAGCAGCUCUCUUAAGGAGAAACAAAUCUAUUUAGAGAAACAGCUGGCCCUGCAAAUGUUUACAGAAAUGAAAUUCUUCCUACUUAUAUAAGAAAUCUCACACUGAGAUAGAAUUGUGAUUUCAUAAUAACACUUGAAAAGUGCUGGAGUAACAAAAUAUCUCAGUUGGACCAUCCUUAACUUGAUUGAACUGUCUAGGAACUUUACAGAUUGUUCUGCAGUUCUCUCUUCUUUUCCUCAGGUAGGACAGCUCUAGCAUUUUCUUAAUCAGGAAUAUUGUGGUAAGCUGGGAGUAUCACUCUGGAAGAAAGUAAUAUCUCUAGAUGAGAAUUUGAAACAAGAAACAGAGUGUUGUAAAAGGACACCUUCACUGAAGCAAGUCGGAAAGUACAAUGAAAAUAAAUAUUUUUGGUAUUUAUUUAUGAAAUAUUUGAACAUUUUUUCAAUAAUUCCUUUUUACUUCUAGGAAGUCUCAAAAGACCAUCUUAAAUUAUUAUAUGUUUGGACAAUUAGCAACAAAUCAGAUAGUUAGAAUCGAAGUUUUUCAAAUCCAUUGCUUAGCUAACUUUUUCAUUCUGUCACUUGGCUUCGAUUUUUAUAUUUUCCUAUUAUAUGAAAUGUAUCUUUUGGUUGUUUGAUUUUUCUUUCUUUCUUUGUAAAUAGUUCUGAGUUCUGUCAAAUGCCGUGAAAGUAUUUGCUAUAAUAAAGAAAAUUCUUGUGACUUUA